AUGGACUGUGUGGAAGUGGAUGACAUGUCUUCAGUGCCAAUUGACAGGGAACAUGGUGAUGUGGAAGGUGCUUGUCUGAGUGGUUGGCCAGAGCAACAUUUGGUGCCUUGGUGUGGAUUGGAUGUGGAAGGUUAUGUGUUAAGUGGUGCUCUGGAUGUGCAAGUAAGGGAGUUUGUGGUUAGGAUUCAACAGCCAAGCAUGGUGGUAUCGAGGUGGCAUGCAUGUGAGCCCAGUCACCGGAAGGCUACUGCGCCCGACGAUUUUGCCUACCUGGAGUAUUUGGAGCUCAAUAGCUUGACGGUAACCAACUUCAUGCUGGAUGAACCCGACAUUGAUGCGAUGAACGAAUCUUCUGAUGCCAGACAAGUGUUAGAUGAUGGAGUAGCCAUUUUCUGUUCGGAUUCGCGAGUCGUAAUGAUGGACGUUUUUGACGUGUCGGCGAAGAGCCAUGUGUUCGAUGCCUGGUCAGAAUUUGCGCGGUUCCACUCCAUGGACAAGUAUUGUGACGUAUCAAUUUGUGUCGGGUCUUCACUCAUUCGCGCUCAUCGAGUGAUUCUGUCCGCGUGUUCUCCGUAUUUCGAGAGGAUCUUCACAAUGAUGGGAGACUCGCCAAACCCCAUGGUCUUCAUGCGACAUACAGACGAAACUUUGUUCCGCCAUGCUCUAGAGUUCUUCUACACUGGGGAAACUCGGGUCACCGCUGAUGAUCUUGAGGCAUUCAUUAGCCUUGGGCAAGAGUUCGAAAUCCGUGGGUUGGAUGGAUUCCCUCUUGGCAUUCAUGAUCCCUGUCCUGAAGAUGUCGAACAGAAACCCAAUCGGGCUGCUCCCAAGCGGAAAAGUGAGCUCAGAAGAAGGAAAGCCAUUCCCGCAUCAAAGAAACCCAAACGUCUUGCUGCUCUCAGUGUCAUCAAACCCGCGAAGGUUGUAGAAAACAUGGUUGACGGGGAUCUGUUGGAUGUGAAAGUGAAUGGGAUCGCUGGGCCUUCCCGAGUUCCAAGUCCUCUUCCCGUGUCAGAGCUUCCCCCUAACCUUCCUGCGGACAUUUCACGUGUUGGUGUGGUGCGUUUGACGGCGUUUAUUUUGAGGGGAAAAGCGUCAGAUGGGUUGUCGCUGAGUUUCUGCUCUGCCUGUGGAUACACAUCGCCGUCGGCACAAAAUGCCAUUCGUCAUGAGAGGAUUCAUACUGGCGAACGUCCGUUCGAGUGUCACGUUUGUUUCCGUCGUUUCUCGCAAAGUUCCAACUUCCGUCGUCACCUUGCUGUUGUGCAUUCCACAGUUCCUGACUAAUGCUGUAUUCGAGGAAUUUUGUGGAUGAAGCUUUGCUUGAAGGAGGAUGUCGUUUUAUGUGUAUGCCGCAAUUCCGAUGAGUGUGAUACUGAAGUUUUCAAUGGUUUGCUGCCCAGGUUUAGCAGAUUUAUAGUCCAAAGAAAGUUUGUGCAAAAAUGUCACGCAUUGUGAUACACUUGAGUCAAGCUAAAAAUUGCAGUGGGUUCACUUUGUUGUAGACGUAUACUGUAUUCAUAUUCAAGGAUGAGCUUCUGAGAGGUACUUCAUGGUUCAGUUCAUUAAACCUUCAGGCAUUUGUGUUACUUCUGUAAGAAUUUGCAGAAACACGAUAAUUUGCUGAAAUUUCUAUGUCGUAUGAUCACAGAAUUCAUUUCAUUGAGGUUAAUGGAUGUCAAAGAAUCCUUCUCUUGUUUUUUCUUGCCAAAGCAUUUUUCACGAGGUGCAUGGCUUACCCAGGGACAAAAUGGAUUCUUAAAAUAGAUUCGAGAGCAGAAUGGAAGUCUGUUUGACCUCAAAAGAGGCAGACAUGGCAAAUCUCUCCCUGUUGUGGAUUCUCAGUGAAAUGCAUGUAGUGCAGUAUGUUAUCCUCUUUUACAAUUGAACACAGUUCAGCAAUUUUGUUUUUUUUGUGCUGAUUGUCACAGGAAAGAAAGCGCCUUUUUUUAGGCUUGUGACAUCCAAGUGAUAACAGUAGGAUGAUGUACUAGACGUUUCCCGUGAGGUUAUCAAGUUCCGGCGGCAUUGAUUAUCUGGUUCUUUGGAAAUUUGAGCGUUACCAAACGGAAAUAUUUGUGUUUUCGAAAAAGAAAGAAGGCUAUGACUUAUUUUCUGA